AUGAAGAGGUUUCCAUAUGUUGCCUUAAGUGCGACGGUACUAGUGGUGUUGGUGGCGGCGGUGUUUUCGGGUGAAACACACUGGGCGGAGGCACAAGUAACAUGCAACCCCAUAGAACUUAGCGUAUGCUUGCCAGCGAUCACGUCAUCGGUGCCUCCAUCCGAAAGCUGUUGCAACAGGCUGAGGGACCAGACGACAUGCUUUUGCGGGUACCUUAACGACCCUGCUUUGAGACAAUUUGCUGAUAACCCCAACACUAGAAUGAUCGCUAGAGCUUGUGGAGUUCCAUAUCCUCAGUGUUAA